UUUUCUCUGUAACGAUUACUACCAAGUCACGUGGCUUUUGACAGCUAGACAAAGAUGAUGCCAGGUUCAAAAAUAGUUCUUCCAAGCUCUAAUGUUGAUGAUUAUACUGCAACAGCUCUUCGUAGCACCAUUUCAAGUAUUUUGAACCCUACAAGUGUGAAGGGUGGAAGCAGCAAAGAAAUCUACAAGAUUGAGAAUUGUCCGAGUUGGUGGCCAAAAGAUGUGCUGUUUUCUCCUGUGUUAGUGCCCAAGGCUGUCACGAAUGGUAUCACUGCUGUACACCGAAGAAAGAUUUUGGCAGCUUUCCUGGAGAAAUGUCCUGACCAGUACACAAUAUUAUCUCCAAUUGAUCAGCAAAACUCUGCCUCGGCAGUUGAAACUGACCAACCAGAAGACCCUGCAGUUGGUACAAGGAUGACAAAGAUAGUUCUUCCAAGCUCUGAUGCUGAAGAAUAUUCUGGAAAUAUUCUCCGUGACACAUUUUCACGUAUUGUGAACCCUAAAGGUUUGAAAGGCGUAAGCUUCCACAGUAGUGAAAAUUGUCCAAGUUGGUGGCCAAAAGAUGUGGCUUUUUGUAUUCUGUCAGGGCCCAAGGCCACCAUGAAUGGUAUCACUGCUGAACACCAGAAAAAAGUAUUGGCAGCUUUCUUGGAGAAAUGUCCUGAGCAGUACACAAUAUCACUCGGGACUUGGCUACUCAAUCCCCCCUCUUCUCCACUCGUUGGUGAUAAGCAACCAGUAAGAGAAGUCAACCCACAAAGUUCCUCUGAAAGUGAUCAAGAAGAGCCUGUAGGAAUGAACCAAACACCACCUACUGGAGAUAACCGUACUCGAUCAGUUGGAGCCACAAUCAGCACUGCUGCACAACAUGCAAGCCCAAAGCUUAUCCUACCCAGCUCUUGUGCAAAUUACUAUCAUCAAUCUCCUCUCAUUUUGCUAAUUCGAAAGAUUUUGAAUCCCCUGCAGCGAAUGACGUACUCCAGUGCUAAUUGUCCCAGCUGGUGGCCGACUGAUGUACCAUUCACUAGGGCGGAAGAUAUGAAAGCUGAAGACAGGAGAAAAGUACUGGCAGCUUUCCUGGAGAAUUGUCCUGACCAGUACACAAUAUCACCUCCAGUUGAUCAGCAAAACUCUGCCUCAACAGUUGAAACUGACCAACCAGAAGACCCUGCAGUUGGUACAAAGACAGCCAGGAUGAUGCCAGGCUCAAAGAUAGUUCUUCCAAGCUCUAAUGUUGACAAUUAUUCUGGAGUCAUGCUUCGUGGCAUCAUUUCCCGUAUUGUGAACCCUAAAGGUUGGACUAGCAGAAAUAUCUACACAGAUGAAAAUCGUCCAAGUUGGUGGCCAAAAGAUGUGGUGUUUACCCCUGCGACAGGGCGCAAGGCUAUCGAAAAUGGCAUCACUACUGCACCCCUGAGAAAGGUAUUGGGAGCUUUCUUGGAGAAAUGUCCUGAGCAGUACACAAUAUCACCUCCAGUUGAUCAGCAAAACUCUGCCUCGACAGUUGAAACUAACCGACCAAAAGUCCCUGCAGUUCGCACAAGGAGAGCCAGGAUGAUGCCAGGCUCAAAGAUAGUUCUUCCAAGCUCUGAUGUUUAUGAAUAUUCUGGAAACAUUCUUCAGAGCUUAAUGCCACGUAUUGCAAACUCUAAAGGUUGUAAGGGCAGAACCGUCUACACAAGUGGUAAUCGUCCAAACUGGUGGCCAAAAGAUGUGGCGUUUGCUUCUAUGACAGGGAGCAGAACUAUCGGUAUUGCCACUGCUGUACACCGGAGAAAGGUACUGGCAGCUUUCCUGGAGAAAUGUCCUGAGCAGUACACAAUAUCACCCGGGGCGUGGCUACUCAAUCCCACCUCUUCCCCACUCGUUGGUAAUAAGCAACCAGUAAGAGAAGUCAGCCCACAAAGUUUCUCUGAAAGUUCCUCUGAAAGUUUCUCUGAAAGUGAUCAAGAAGAGCCUGUAAGAAUGAACCAAACACCACCUACUGGAGCUUAUCGUACCCGAUCAGUUGGAGCCGCCACAAUCAGCACUGCUGCACAACAUGCAAACCCAAAGCUUAUCCUACCCAGCUUGUGUGCAAAUGACUAUUAUCAACCUGCUCUCAUUUCGCUACUUCAAAAUAUUUUAAAUCCCCAACGGCGACAAUUCAUAUACUCCAGUGCUAAUUGUCCCAGCUGGUGGCCGACUGAUGUACCAUUCAUUAGGGCGGAAGAUAUAGAAGCUAAGGACAGGACAAAAGUACUGACAGCUUUCCUGGAGAAAUGUUCUGACCAGUACACAAUAUCACCUCCAGUUGAUCAGCAAAACUCUGCCUCGACAGUUGAAACUGACCAACCAGAAGACCCUGCAGUUGGUACAAAGAGAGCCAGGAGGAUGUCAGGCUCAAAGAUAGUUCUUCCAAGCUCUAAUCUUGAGGAAUAUACUGGAAACAUUCUUCGUGACACAAUUUCACAUAUUGCGAACCCUAAAGAUAUGAAAGCUAAGGACAGGACAAAAGUACUGACAGCUGUCCUGGAGAAAUGUCCUGAGCAGUACACAAUAUCACCUCCAGUUGAUCAGCAAAACUCUGCCUCGAUAGUUGAAACUGACCAACCAGAAGACACCAUCUUUGAUGUACAAAUGAAUGGAAAUGAAUCCGAUGCUGAAUCUGAUGCUAGCAUACCAAGUGACCCCGAAGAUCUGGUGAAUAGUCUAGAGCAGCACCUUCUGGAUUCUAGGAAAAGAAGGCUCGAGGCUGAGAGGAAAGUUGAGGAGCUGACGGAAGAAGUCAAACGUCUCAGAGAAGAAAGAAAGUAUAUAGGUUCUAUUGUGAAACGAUCACGACUGCAUCACUAGCACUUGUGUUUAGUCCCUCAUACCUAACUGAUUUUGUAAAAUCAAAGAUCACAUUUUGGUCACCUUCCUGGUCAUUCAUUCACGGUGGAUUAAGUUUUCUAAUUUAUAUCACAUUUCUUUAUCUUUUUGUGUUCUGUAUAUAAUAUUACUGCCAUGCAUGGCUAUCAAGUGA